AUGGAGAUAGGUGGAGGUGCGGACAGGGCCUGCUCCGAGGAUAGGAAUGUCGCCGGUGGAAGAGGGACGGCUGUGGGGGCCGGUGGCGGCGGAAAUGGACUGGUGAAAGGGUGUACCGUGGACGUGUGCAGUGUUGGUGGUGCGGGAGCAUCAGUGCUCUUCGGAACUUGGGUUGGCGGAAUCCAAGGGGUCAGAUCGACUGUUGGCCAUUGUCCUAGUGGAGGUGUGGAGCUUGAGGAUGCGCGGUUCGAUCCUCUGAGUAGGGCGAACAGUUCCGCCAUGUUGGCGGUCAUGCUCGCGGCCAAUAGAUUAACCGUGCCCUCGAGUGCCGUGAAGCGGGCUUGGUCGUCGGAGGCGGACGACGUCUGUGAGACUCGUGGGAGGGGCACCCCUGAAGACGUUGGGGGCGGGAGAUGUGUCGGAGGGGUGCCCGAAUACGCCGGGAGUAUGCCUGCGGGAGUCGAAGGCGGCGGAGCGUGUGUCGGGGGCGGUUGA